AAAUUUUAAUUAGAUAUAUAUCUUCUUUUAUAAAAUCACAACACAUACAUAUACAUAAUCAAUAAAAUGCAAGAUCAAUCAUAGAAUAUAUUUAAAAGUUUUUUAGGCAAUAAUAAUGAGUAUUUUUAUGUUAAUUACAAUAUAGCUAAACCAAAUGAGCCUUAUAAAUCUAAAGAAAUAACUGAUUAUGAAAAAAGAAUGUAAAAUUAGAAACCACUUGAUUUAAAAAACUAAUAAUUAUAAAGGCAGCAUAAAGAAGAGUAUUAGAAAUUUUAGCGACUCAAUGAAAUUUUUCAAAAAGAUUAUGCUAUUUUUACUAAAUAAAUCAACUCAUAUUUGAAUAAAUUGUUUAGGGAAAUAUUUUAAAAUGAAUAACUAUUUUUUGCCUUCAAAAAAAUAAAAUAUUAACCUGAAAUUAUUAAAAAAGAUGUUUGCUUUUUGAUUGGUUAAGAUGAGUCUUGGAAUUAUGAAUAUUUAUUUAAAGCAAUGAAUUGUAAUAUGAGAUCAAGAGAGUAUAAAUUAGAUGAUUAUAGGAUAUAAGAAAGUCCUUUUAAAUAAGAAGAACGCAAAUUACAAUUAAGAAUAGUAAAGCCUUAUAGCCAAAGAUAUGGAGACCGCUAGAAUAAUAAACUUGGCGAUUUUAUAUUGCUCCAAAUUAUAGAAAUAUAAAGUGAUUCUAAUCCUUUAUAAUUUAAUCCUAAUAAUUUAUAAAGUGAAAAAAAAGAAUAAGAUGAGAAAUAAGAAUAAAAUAAAAUGAUUGAUCGAGUUGUUAAGCCUAUAAAUACUAUUUCAGGUGUAAAAAUAGAAGAAGUAGUAAAUUCCGAUGGAGAUGAUAUAUAAUUAAAUUAGAAAGAAUUUAAAAAAAUACCGAACUCAUCUAUAUUACCUUAAUCUAAAGCUAUUAUUAAAGAUAAAACUGGAAGCUAUCAAAUUUAAAUUAAAGAAGAAAAUGUUGAUACAUUUAUAUAAGAAAAUUUAGGUUAUCCUGAGAUAUAAUCUAAAUUUUAGAGUCAAUAAUAAUCUAAAUAUAUUAUAAUUAAUGCAACUGAUCAAUUUUAUUCCUCUCAUAACUUAUCAAGCAAAGAAUAAAAUUUUCUUUAUGAUAAUAACAAAAGAUAUUAAAACUCUACCAAAAAUGUUUUUAAUAAAAAAUAAGAAUCAGACGAUGAAGAUAAUUUUUAUGAGUAUUUUUAAAGAGAAGAUUUAAUAUAAAUGUUAAAAGAGAGAGAUGCUUUAACCAAGCUUAAAUGGAUAUAAGAAGGGAUUGAAAAGGCAUAAAAUUUUAGGAAAGAUUUAAGAAAUUAAAAUCCUUUGAUUUACAUAAGUAGAUUUCAUUCUAACGAAUAAAAAUGA